UGAAAGUCCGUUGGAUUCUAUUUUGAAGUUAAUUAUAUAAAUUAGUUGGCCAGUUAUCGAAAUAUUAAUAUAGUCACAAAAAAUGCAUCGCAUACCACUUUUGCUACCUGCGCCUUCAGUAUCCUGGAAUCGAAGCGAACCAGACUAUUUGUUGUUUGAAAAUACAGUAAAUGCUUGUAAUAUUGAAGAGAGUGAUGAGUUUUUGUCUAUCUUGGAUCGUGAAGCAAACGAGUUCUUUGACCGCAAUCAUAUGUUAGCAGCGGAUCAGGUUGCGUUUGCCAGUGAAAUGAUUCAUAAUGGUAAUUUGUUAGGGGCACUACGGAUACUGAAUAACAUAAUAUUACGUUUGCCAAGAGAUUGUGAUUCCCUUUCACAAGCCUUAAAAAUUCGAGGCGACUUGAAUCUUCAACGGUACCACUUACAGAGUGCUGUAAAUGACUAUACAAUGUUUCUAUAUUUGAAUACACGAGACGAUAGUUAUGAAGAGUUGUAUGAAUUGCAUGGAAAUCUUACUGUAUGUUAUUAUUUGAUGAGGCAAUUUGAUAGAGCAAGGAUACAUUUGCGUCAUUUUAAGAAAUAUAAAGAUAAAUUACCAAAGGAAACUUUGACGAAGACGAAAAUAGAAAAAAUAGGCAAUCACAUAGCUUAUUUUGAAUCUGAUUUGCAUGAUUCUGAGAACUUUGGUCCUAAGUGUGGGCAUACUGUGCUGCAAGAUGAACCAUUUCAAGGAUUUAAUAAAAAUGCAGACAUAAAGCAAAUGUCUUCGGCGUGUUAUAUAAAAACUAAUCAAAAGGAAAAGGAAGUGGGAGGAGUUUUCGUGAAUACUGAUUUGCUGGAAGAAAGCGUCGUUUUGAUUGAAAAACCAAUAAGUGCAAAUGUAAAUGUCCCAUUAGUUCAAUGCGAACUAUGUUUGCAUAGAAGUGACAAAGUGUAUACCUGCUUGGAUUGCCGCUAUAAAACUUAUUGCUCCCUUCAUUGCAUUAAAAAAGACAGAGAUAUUCAUCAGUACGAAUGCUCUGCAUAUAAGAAUCUGAUAUUAUUUAUAUUAGAUGCAAAAGAUCUCUAUCGUUUAUUUAUAAAAGUGUCAAGCCAUCUACAUGAGCAUGUAUUCUCUCGAAAAGUAUUUCGGAAACUAUCAUCUGUGGAAACUGUUUUGGGAAAAAUUGAAAAGAGCGCUGCCAAAGAGGACUCUGAGUUCGGUUCAAUAGUUAAUUUGUUGCGUGUCAAACCGAGUUAUACAAAAUUAAGUGAAAUGCAGUAUUCUACUCUAGUAGUAACGGCUUUCCGUUUAGCACUUUUUAUUAUUAGGAAAACGAACCUGGUCGAUACUUUUUACAAGAAACUUCGUAUAUUACCAACCCACAGAAUGAUACUGAUUGGUGUCAUAUUGAUGCGGCUUCAUUGCCAUUUACUUCUAAACACGUUCGAUUUUGAAUAUCUUAUUCCAUUGUUAACGGAUAAACCCAAAUAUGAGACAGUUUAUGAUCAAAUUGCUGAAUGGACAAACCUAAUAAAUCCCGUACGAGAACCGAAUCCAGAGGACAUAAAUGCAUAUUUCAAUACAGCAGAAGCCGAAGUAGUUGACCUAUCAAUGCGAUAUUUGCAGCUCCAGUCAAGGGAUCAAAAUGAACUUUCUGUUGACUCGAUUCCAGUUCUGGAACACACUCAUUUAUGUAAUUCGAUCGAACGACCGGUUUCUGUCUUUAAAGAUAAAUUAGCAGAACUCUACUUUAACGCGGAUGAAUUCAAGUUUUUAAUCUAUGGCGGGAUGGCUGCUGUUCCAAAUUCUGGCCGUUCAAUUUGCGAAUCCAUAGCAAAAAUGCCCAUUACGGAACGGAGUAAAUUGGUACAAAAGUUUGUUCAUAAUUUUCACGCACAUUUCAUGGACUACUUUUUACAAACGAGCAUAACCUGUAAUCAGAUACAUCAAGUACUAUCAUUGCCGUGCCCCACUUUGCGUAAAUUCAAGCAUUCAUGCGCUCCAAAUGUUGAUAUUGUUAUUCUGGAUAAUGGAAUGGUUAUGGGAAGGACUAUGCGAUAUAUAAAAAAAGGCGAAGAGCUCUUUGUCUCUUACAAAGCACAUUAUUUGCGACACACCCGAGAAGAAAGACACAUAUUUUUGAAGCAAAUUAAUAUCGACUGUCAAUGUGAAGUUUGCCAAAAUGUUGUAGAAACCGAACCCACUAAUGUUAGAUCCGGAAUUUACUGCGAAAAGUGUACUGGAUUUGAAAUUACAUCAAGUCAAGGAGAAUGUACGAAUUGUGGAAUAAAUUUUGAUAGUCUAUCAUUAAAAUAUCGAACCGAAAUUACGACGUUGGAGUGUACAAUCAAAAAUCUAAUGAAUCCAGAAUCCGAUGAGCGGAAAUUGUAUUUGUUGAGUACAAUAAUGUAUAUGCGUGUCAAGCAGAAUUUCGUUCCCUCACAUGAAACUCGCAUUAAAGCGGAGCUGCAGUAUGCAAAAUACCUGGCACUAAAAAAUUUUUCUCAAUCUGCAUAUAAUAUUUUGAUGGAGGUGAAAGCGAAUAUCGCUCAAAAUUAUAGUGAAGAUGCGCUGUGGCUUUUCUUUUACACUGAGAUGCUUCUAGUUAUCAAAAUUAUUUUGUAUUACAAUAUAGAAGAGAACGUCAACCCAAUGCCAAUUACAUAUAUAGAAGAAUUGUGUGCAUUUGGAAUAUACAUAAUUAAUGAGCAGAACAAUCACAGACGUCUAUUAAAAACAAAGAUUUGUGAACGCACAGAAAUAUUCGAGGAGAUGUAUUUAUUUUUAAAAUGGCAAGAGAAACUUCAUCAUUAUACUUCAUUGUUUAAUUCACUUACCUUCGAUGGAAACAGAUGUACGGAAAGCAAAGAAGAAGAAUUACCCGCUUUACUGAAAGUAGUCAUACAUUAAAAUUUAUGCAAUGUACUUAAUUUAAGUUGAACCUUCUGAAAGUGAUUUAACUCCUUUUUAAAUUUAUUGCGUUUUUGUAUUACAUAUUCUUAUUAUUUUGAUAUAAAAGCGUAAAAUCUGCAGCGAAAUUAGACAAACUGGAAAUUGCUUAUACGAGGGGUGCCUUUUAUAUGUCGGGAUUAGAGAACAAAAACAAAUUUUUAUAAUCGAAAAUCACUUUAUUGUUUUUCAAAUUAUUCUCCAUGAAGAUCUAUACACUUUUGAAUGCGUUUGAACCAAUUGUCGAAGCACUUUUGCCACUCUGAAUGAGGUUCCUCCAAAACAUGCAUUCUGAAUGCCGCAACCGCUUCUUCAGGUGUCGAAAAACGUUGACCUCUCAGUUUGUUUUUUACGUACGGGAAUAAAAAGAAGUCAUUCGGUGCCAAGUCAGGACUAUACGGCGGAUGACCCAUUAAUUCGAUGUUUUGGGUGCUCAAAAAUGCAGUUGUUUGAGCCGCUGUGUGAGAGCUCGCAUUGUCCUGGUGAAGAGUGAUCCGUCUUUGGCGAUUGGUUUUCCUAAUUUCUUGGAAGACAACUGGCAAACAAAUGGUUGUGUACCACUCAGAAUUUACUGUUCUGCGUUGUUCUAGUGGUACGGUUGCGACAUGUCCAAUUUUUUUCGAAAAAACAGGCGACCAUUUGCUUGGAAGUGCUUCGUGCGCGAACAACUUUUAUUGGAUUUGGCUCAUCUUGAAACACCCAUACAGUCGACUGCUGUUCACUUUCGGGCUCAUACGCGUAAAUCCAUGAUUCAUCACCUGUCACGAUGUCAUAGACGUGUUUCGAAGCCCCGCGAUCCUAUUUUUUGAACAUUUCCUUCGAAUGUUUAUGCAAUAUUGAAUGUAUGCUGGUCCCACUAAUGCCUAAGACUGUCUCAAUCUCACGAUAGGUCACAUGACGAUCUUGCAAUAUCAGUUCGCGCACAGCAUCAAUGGUUUUCGGAACAACAACUGAUUUUGGACGACUUUCACGAAAUUCGUCUUAGAGUGAAUUAUGACCACGAUUGAAUUCACCAUACCAUCGAUAAACACUGGUCCUUGAUGGAGCUUCAUCGCCAAAAAAUGAAUUAAGUUCAUCCAUGCAAUGUUGCUGAGUUAAUCCACGUCGAAAGUUGUAAAAAGUAAUCGCACGAAAAUGUUCACGAUUUAAUUCCAUUUUUGGACCGAGAUGAAUCUUUUAAGUUACUGUAAACAACACAAAUAGCGCUGGUAUUUCAAAACGUUCUGAGUACGUAAAAGCCAAAAAAUGUCAAACUUUGUGAUACAGCUGUGAGUUGCCAGAUUGCAACACCAGGGUUGCCAAAUCCCGAAAUAUAAAAGGCACCCCUCGUACGAAUAUGCAGAAACUUGUUAAAAUAGUGGAGUUUGCCACUUAAGUAAGGAACAAAAUUGUAGUCUAAGACAAAUUCUUUUGUUUAAGUAAAUGAAAUACAAAGUGUUUGAGUUUCUCAGUUUUUGUUUCAACGUUUUAAUAUGUGCAUGGUAUAAAUUCACGGUAUUUUUUAUGUAUUAUAUUUCACAGUGUCUGUUCGCACUGUGUUUUAUUUAAUAAUUCGAUGUUUGUA